AUGGUAAAGAGUGGGAACUGAUAGACCAGCGUGAUACUUGAAAGCCCCUCCGCAUUCAUUUGUGGUGUUUGUAGCUAGCAGGUCUUUGAAUCACUUUUCACAAUUUGAACAAUUUGAACAAUUUUACUCCACGCGUUGUGCAAUUCGAAAUCCCGCUCCAAUAAAGAAAAAAGCCGCAACCAACAUAAUGGUAUCAGAAGCCGAAGCACGGCAAAACGGCCGUGAUUUUAUCAUGGCAAAACACGGCCGGAAUCGAAGAACAACUUGAUUAUCUUCGUGUCUUUCGCGACUUGGGAGUGAGGAAAAUGCAAUUGACUUAUAACACUCAGAAUUACUCUGGAGCUGGUUAUACGGAAAUCAGAGAUUCUGGUUUGACAGGUUUUGGCCAAGAGGUUGUCACAGAGAUGGCAAAAUUGGGAAUUGUCUUUGAUCUCAGUCAUGUUGGGCCUCAGACAAGUGCUGAUGUUAUCGAGUUCGCGCCCGCUGGCAAACCACCUUGUUUCUCUCAUGUCCUGCCUGGGGGAAUGCUUGACCAUCCGAGAAACAAGUCAGACGCUUUGAUCAAGGGAAUUGCCGCAAAGGGGGGAUUCAUUGGACUUUCCCAAUUUGGACCUCAUAUGGAGAAAGGUAACGACUCAACAAUAGACGACUAUGUUCGUGCUCUGGAUUAUGUCAUCGGUUUGGCCGGUGAGGAUUUGGUAGGAAUUGGUUCAGAUUCUAGCGAAGGACAUGGAAGGCCCAGUGAUUUCAUGGCGUGGUGUAACAAGGACAAAGGAUACGCUAGGAGAUUAACACCCUGGGGGAGCCAGAAGGUAGUCAAACCGCUAGGACCACUGGCGGAGAUGGAGAAGCUCGCAGAGUCGAUGGCAAGAUCAGGAUGGUCGGAGGCAAAGAUUAGGAAGGUCCUCGGAGAGAAUUGGUUGAAUUAUUUGGAGAAGAUCUUCGGAGAGUAA